AUGAAGACGUUGCAAUAUUUGCUCAAGUAUAGUUUAGCAUGCUAUCUCAUGGUAAUCCCAAUUAGUAGUACAGUGAGCAGCCUACUGGUGAGGUCCUUGAUGUGGAGCUCCGAAAAAGGCUUAGUGGAUUUUGCGAGAAGAGCCGUUGAAACGCCAGGCGGAGACAUUUUGCACGUCCCCCACGCCGGGUUCCUCCGACCAACAGCACGGAGCUACAGACCUAAUAUAUUUUGGAUGGAGGACCUUGAAACCAGAUGCGCGUCCUUGCGCACCGAAAUAGCAGCCGCGGAAGCGCAGCUCACGAAACUAAAGCGCGAACUCCAUGAAGCGGAGGGCGCAGCACUCAGAGCCCAAUCCCAAAAAACUGCGAGUGCGAACGCAACCACCGGACAACGGACCAAGUCAAAAUGGCCCUUACACGGCGAAGAGUAUAGAAGAUAUGGACGGCAAAUGAUAGUGCCGCAAUUUGGUUUGCAGGGUCAACUGAAGUUACGAGAUGCGAAAGUUUUGAUUGUCGGUGCAGGUGGGCUCGGUUGUCCGGCUGCGCUAUAUCUUGCUGGUGCUGGAGUAGGGACGAUCGGCCUUGUUGACGGGGACACUGUUGAAGCGUCAAAUUUGCAUCGGCAGGUGCUGCAUCGGAGCCGGAAUGUGGGGAAGUUGAAGGUUGAUAGCGCGAUUGAAUAUUUGCGAGAAUUGAACCCGCAUCCGACGUACAUCGCGCACCAAGCACAUCUCACACCUCGCGAGGCGCCAGAUAUUUUCAAAGACUAUGACUUAAUUCUCGAUUGCACGGAUAACCCGGCGACUCGUUACCUUAUUUCAGACACUGCCGUUCUUCUGGGCAAGCCGUUGGUUUCGGCAUCGGCACUACGGACGGAAGGCCAGCUCAUGGUGUUGAAUAACCCUCCGCAGCCGCCUGGAGACAAGACAGGUGGCCCAUGCUACCGUUGUGUUUUUCCCAAACCGCCGCCGGCGAACAGCGUAACAAGUUGCGCAGACGGCGGGAUUCUGGGGCCGGUUGUAGGCACAAUGGGUGUACUACAGGCUUCGGAAGCGAUAAAAGUUCUUACGUCCGCUGGAGAAAGCGUUGAAGCGACCCCACCGUCUCUUCUCAUCUUCUCUGCUUAUUCAAGCCCGCAGUUUCGGACCAUAAAGCUGCGGUCGCGGCGUCCGAACUGCGCGGUAUGUUCUGCCGAAGCGACCGUAACCUUGGAAAGCGUGAGGUCAGGAUCAAUGGACUAUGUUUUCUUUUGCGGGACUGUCGAUCCGGCGGAUAUCCUUUCCCCAGAGGAGCGAAUAUCUCCGUCAGAAUAUGGAAAUGUUGAUAGCGCCGGUGCACAAAGACACAUUAUCGAUGUGCGGGAGAAAGUCCAGUUCGACAUCUGUAGCUUGGAAAAUAGUAUCAACAUUCCGAUGUCGACGAUCCUUGCUUCCGCUUACAGUGCACCGACGCUGGACGCCGAUGAACCGAAGCGCCUGCCUUCAUGGCUGCCACCUGAGGUUGCCCACGAGUCAAAUAAGCCAAUCUAUGUGGUGUGUCGACAAGGUAAUGAUUCGCAGACGGUGGUUAGAAAGCUGAAAGAGCUGGGGCUUGACCAUGGAGGCGAGCGUCCCGUGGUCGACAUAAAGGGAGGAUUCCGCUCCUGGCGAGAACAGGUUGACCCUGACUGGCCGGACUAUUGA